AUGGAGCACAGCCACAUCUUCCCUGUUUUCCCCCCCAACGGGAGCAGCUGGAGCCCGGGGCAGUUAGCCCAGGGAUGCCCCCUCGGACCGCUGCCCGUCAUCUACUACAGCGUGCUGCUCUGCCUCGGCCUGCCAGCCAACAUCCUGACGGUGGUCAUCCUGUCCCAGCUGGUGCUGCGUCGUCAGAAGUCCUCCUACAACUAUCUCCUGGCUCUGGCAGCCGCAGACAUCCUGGUCCUGCUCCUCAUUGUCUUUGUCGACUUCAUCCUGGAGGAUUUUAUUCUGGCCACGCCGCUGCCUCCGUCGCUCAACAACGCCGUGCAGGUCCUGGAGUUCUCCUCCAUCCACACCUCCAUCUGGAUCACGGUGCCUCUCACCAUCGACCGCUACAUCGCCGUUUGCCACCCGCUGCGCUACCACACCGUCUCCUACCCGGCCCGCACAAGAAGGGUCAUAUUUGCUGUGUAUAUUGGGUGCCUGCUGUCUGCAGCUCCUUACUACUGGUGGCCUGAGCUGUGGCACAGCCUAUCUGGAGUGGGUGGUGGCGGUGGUGAUGGCGGUGGCGGAGAAGGUGAGGGCGCCAGGAGAACCGUGGCCCAGCAUGUUCUGGUGUGGGCCCACUGCGCCACCGUCUACCUCCUCCCCUGCACCGUCUUCUUCUCCCUCAACGCCGUCAUCGUUCGCAAGCUGCGCAGACGCCGCAGCUGCUUCCGUCUGCGCGGCUACUCCACCGGCAAAACCACCGCCAUCCUCCUGGCCAUCACGUCCAUUUUUGCCGUGUUGUGGGCGCCGCGUACCCUCAUGAUCCUCUACCACUUCUACUCCUCUCCCCCGGCCUCUCAAGGGGCCAGCCGACUGCUCCACAUGCUAACCGAUCUGGCUAACAUGCUAGCGUUGCUCAACACCGGGGUCAACUUCUUCCUCUACUGCUUCAUCAGCAAGCGUUUCCGGGGCAUGGCGGCCAACGUGCUGCGCGCUCUGGUCCACUGCCGGAAGCAAGCGCCGCCGUUCUACGCCAGCCACAACUUUUCUAUCACAAGCAGCCCUUGGAUCUCACCAGCCAACUCCCACUGCAUCAAGAUGCUAGUGUACCAGUACGACAAAAACGGGAAACCCAUCUGUAUUUCCUCUUGAGUCCACAGCCACCAGCAGCCGCCCCCACCUACCUUCUGUUGUUGUCGGGGGAACAUAUUCGGGCAUUGUCUCCUUGGUGACCAGCUUUGGGACUCUUUGAGGCUUGAAAAUGUCAACACGCCUGGAGA